AUUAGUAUAAAGUGAACUUACCUUUUGCUGGCUAUAAACAGUUUGAUUAAUGAAUGUUUAUAGUCUGAGGGUUCAUUAAUAUUAUCAAUAUGUCAAUAGUUCAUGUUCCACCUCAUUCAUUAUACAUUAGUGUCUUAAGAGCUACACAUUGCUACAUCAAGUUCAUUUAAAUUGUGUCAGCUGAAUUAAAUUACAUAAUUGCCUGUUGUAUCAUCUACAAGAUGUAACAUCAUAAUGUGUUUAUUUCCUCAAUCAGUGUAUAUGAAUCAGAUUUCUCUGUUUCUUCUCCUGAAGCUCUGCUGCCAUCAGUGAAAGACAAAGACAGAGUUUAUUGAAGGACAGUGAGAAGAUGAGUGAUCCAGAACCCUGCAGAAUUAAACAGGAAGAAACUGAAGAACUAAUAGGUGUGAUGGUGAAGGAGGAGAGUGAAGAUCUGAGUGAAGAUGAGGAGAAACAUGUCAAAAGUGAAGAAUAUACUCAAUCAGAGGCUGAAGAUAGUUCUUUAAUAGAAAGAACAGCUGUAAAGGGAUUCACCUGCACUCAGUGCGGAAAGAGUUUCAGCAAUAAAGGCAGUCUCAAGCCUCACAUGGCGAUCCACACUGGAGAGAAACCGUUCACAUGUCCUCUGUGUGGGAAGUGUUUCACACGAUUAGUAUACCUUAAUCAACACAUGAAGACUCACACUGGAAAGAAACCACACAAAUGUAAUCAAUGUGGUAAAACAUUUCUGAGGCCUUCAAAUCUGAAGAACCAUCUUAGAGUUCAUACAAAGGAGAAGCCUUAUUCCUGUUCUGUGUGUGGAAAGAGUUUUACUCAGCCGUCGCAUUUUAAAGCACAUCAGAAGAUCCACACUGGAGAGAAACCGUUUGUGUGUUUUGAGUGUGGGAAGAGUUUUAUUACAGCUGGAGAGGUGAAAAGGCACCAGAGGACUCACACUGGAGAGAAACCGUACGUGUGUUCACACUGCGACAAGAGAUUCAAACAGUUGCGAAUACUGAAAGUACAUGAGAGGAUUCACACUGGAGAGAGACCUUAUGCGUGUUCACAUUGUGACAAAACAUUCAGAGAUCUAAGAUACCUGAAAACACAUGAGAGGACUCACACUGGAGAGAAACCGUACACAUGUACUCAGUGUGGGAAGAGCUUUAGUCAAAUAUCAAACCUUAUUCGACACAAGCUGAUCCACACUGGAGAGAAAACGCACAACUGUGAUCAGUGCGGCAAAACCUUUUUGGGGCCUUCAGAUCUGAAGGAUCAUCUUAGAGUUCAUGCAAACGAGAAGCCUUAUUCAUGUUCUGAGUGUGGGAAGAGUUUUACAUAUCAGUCACAUUUAAAAGGCCAUCAGCAGAUCCACAGUGGUGUGAGAAAGUUGGAUCGUAACAUGGAGCUCCAUUCAUUGUUAUUGGAGAGUUCAUUGCUUGACGAUCGAAAUAUGUUAGUUUUUUUACAUGUGAUGUUGAAGCAGAAGAGUGAAGAACUGAGUGAAGAUGAGGAGAAACAUCAUGUCAAAAGUGAAAGUGAAACUCACCCAAAGAGUGAACAAACAGGUUUCACCUGCACUCAGUGUGGAAAGAGUUUUGAGCAUGAAGGCAAUCUCAAGCUUCACAUGCUGAUCCACACUGGAGAGAAAACACACAGAUGUGAUCAAUGCGGUAAAACCUUUUUGAAGCCUUCAGAUCUGAAGACCCAUCUUAGAGUUCAUACAAAGGAGAAGCCUUAUUCAUGCUCUGAGUGUGGGAAGAGUUUUGCACAGACAUCAAAUUUAAGACAACAUCAGAAGAUCCACACUGGUGUGAGAGAGUUUGUGUGCCUUGAGUGUGAGAAGACUUUUAUUACAGCUGGAGGAUUGAAGAUGCACCAGAGGAUUCACACCGGAGAGAAACCGUACACAUGUACUCAGUGUGGGAGGAGUUUCACACAAUCAUCACAUCUUCAUCAACACACGAUGAUCCACACUGGAGAGAAAACACAUAAGUGUGAUCAGUGCAGCAAAGUAUUUUUGAGAGCUUCAGAGCUGAGGAUCCAUCUUGAAUUUCACACAAAGGAGAAGCCUUAUUCGUGUUCUGAGUGUGGAAAGAGUUUUACUCAGCCGUCACAUUUUAAAGCACAUCAGAAGAUGCACGCUGGUGCGAGAGAGUUUGUCUGCUUUGAGUGUGGGAAGAGUUUUGUUACAGCUGGAGACUUGAAACAACACCAGAAGACUCACACUGGAGAGAAACCGUACAUGUGUUCACACUGCAACAAGAAAUUCAGACAGUUGCGAAUACUGAAAGUACAUGAGAGGAUUCACACAGGAGAGAGACCUUAUGUGUGUUCACAUUGUGACAAAACCUUCAGAGAUCCAGCAUACCUGAAAACACAUGAGAGGAUUCACACUGGAGAGAAACCGCACACAUGUACUCAGUGUGGGAAGAGUUUCAGACUGUCGUCCUCCCUUAAUCAACACAUGCUGAUCCACACUGGAGAGAAACCAUUUACAUGUACUCAGUGUUGGAAGAGUUUCAGACAGUCAUCAUCCUUUUAUCAACACAUGCUGAUCCACACUGGAGAGAAAACACACAGAUGUGAUCAGUGCGGUAAAACAUUUUUGAGGCCUUACGAGCUGAAGGUCCAUCUCAGAGUUCAUGCAAAGGAGAAGCCUUAAUCGUGUUCAUUAAGAAAGUGAUUUACAUAUUAAAUUUACCUUCCUGAAAACUCUCCGGUAUUCACCAGACAUCAGAUUUCACAGCUAAACGUGUGUCUGUUGAUGAAUUCCAAUCAGGGGCGUAACAACCAGGGGGGAUCCGUCCCCCUCACUUUUAGGGACAGACCAUUUAGAAACAGGUGAUUAAUAAUUAUAUGAACAUUAUAUGAACGUAUGAUCUCAUACAGCCGUCCCCCCCACUUUUAAAAUGUCCGCUACGCCCCUGAUUCCAAUCAUUUAAAGCACAUUUGACAGCACUAAUUUACAUUUAGCAUAAUCCCCAGCUAUAAAUUAAAGCGGUGGAAUCAAACGUUCAGCAAUGCAGUGGAAUAUUCAUUGGUUUGACUCCAGUUUGUUUCAUAAAUAAAUAAAAAAACACUGUAUGUCUAAAAUAUAUUCAAUUAAA